GUUACAAACCUCUUCUCUUUGGAGAUCUUAAUUUAGAAGAAAAGCAAAUUAUAGAAAAAACAAAAAUCAGCUAAUGCAAGCAUUAACAACAAAGUACUGAAGAUAUUCGCUGCAUCCAACUGAACGUUUCCACAUAGGAGAUCGUCAUGGCAGUCGAUAAUCCGUCAUAUUUCUCGCUGUCUGGCGGGACAUCGUCGUCGCCGAAGACGACAACGACAUUGACAUCUUCGACGUCGCCCAGAGGUCACAGUAGCGGCUUGUCCGCUUUAUUUCGACGGAGAGCCUGCAGUAAGAUGGGCGCGGCUUCCUCUCAAGGUGGCAUCGUCGUCUCGGAAUCCACGUCCAGCAUGCAUCACGAAAAUCGCGGCAAUGUGUCGGGUACGUCGACACCGACGGAGGAGCGCGUCCCGAUGCUGUCGCGGAAUGGCGCGGUCCCUUCCGGCAAGAGGAGAAGCUUCCGGAAUCUCUUUAGAUCUGUAAGCGCGAACGCGGAUCACGAGAAAACUCAAAAGUUUCUCAAAGGAGACCCGAGGCCCUCUGACGUUGCGCCACCAUCGCCAUAUUUGCCCCAUAGAUCGCAUUCGCAUUCCGAGAGAGAUAGACAUCGUCCUGCUCGAGGCAGGAGAGUCCUUAAAUCUGCGAGCGAGCUUUUGUCCAAUGAUAUGGUUUACUGUGGUCUGACAGGCAAUUCUAAGAAUCAGAAUGAUAACGAUGACAACAGCAACGAUGAUGACGAUACCGCAGAAGUCUUCCUCGGUGUGGACGAUGCCAGAUAUUAUAACAUUUCCUCCACUUUUCCAACGACUGGUUCAACCGCCUGUCGAAGAAGGCACUCAAUUGGCACUUUUCUCGAAAAAGAAGCCGGCACAUCUACUAAUGCAACCCCUGGACGGCAACAAAUGGAAGGAUGUAAGAAUUUGUUAGAAGCAGAUACAAUGACAGCAUCGGUCGACGAUAUUGAUGGUGUCCCAUGCAACGAAGACAAACAACCGUGUUGCAACAGGAUUAGACGAAGAAGACACAAGAGCUCAUUUAAUAAAGGGUCGCAUUCAGCAACAGUCUUAUCGAGGGACGGACACACAGAAGACGAUGUCCUCUUUGUCUCUAGCAAGGACAGUGAGGCUUCUAACUUGUGGGUUAAUUAUUUAACUGCAUGUUUCGAGCAAAUCAGUCGUCAACAAGGACGACCCCCGUUCAAAGUACGUCAUAUGGCGAUCGAGGAACCGAUAGCUCCGAAAAUGGAGGAGAAAAAAAAGAUCCGAUCGUCUCGUCUUCAAAUCGUCAUCGUCUGUCCGAUAUUGCUGGAACGCAUCCGAAUCAGUCCAGAAAAUGCCGUCCAUCUGACUAGUCAUCUGGUCGCCGAGAAAGUAUUGGCGAUGAUGUUGGGCGUACAAGACAAUCACAUCAACGAUCAGCAUAGAUCAAGCCUGAUUUCCUACGAUCAGUGGAGGAAAUUUUUUGUCAAAGACCAGGACGAGACGUUCGUAAGUGAAUUGCUGGGCGCGGCGGUCGCCAUUCUGGGCACUAUGCCGCCAUCGACCCUCAGAAAUGACAAAACCGCAUUCUCUGUGCAUCCGAAAAAGGUCAAACUAGGGCAGAAUAAAAUAAUUGUUUUGUUAAACGAUCCAUUGAACCCCGAGGAUAACGUCUCAGUGAUCGUUGAUCGUUGUGGCGAUGCUAUCGACAUAAGCAAUGUAAAACGGAGAAAUCCUUACGCGCUACAGUUUUCAAUACCGGAGAGAUGUCUUGAAGUGUCCAUGUUAGUCGGCGUGAGGAUAUCUAAAAACGGAUGUUCGCUAGGCGUUAGGCAAGUCAAAUGUGAAAGCAGACUCAGAGAACUAGAUCAGAUCCUGAGGGCGCACGAUAAUCCUCUCGAAUUUAUGUGCCAGACUUUUGGUUUUAAUUCUACCGAUCGAGAACAGUUAGACAAUUGGAUGGUCCACGCGUUUCAGAAAAAUAUUCCUCCCAACUUUAAUCUCUUAUCUACUCCGAGUGGUAUGGUACCUUCUCACAAAAAUUAUACAAGUCCAGAGGAAAAUCCGACGUUACUGCAUUUCGCCGCGCGAUUUGGUCUAGAAAAACUGGCGUGGCAAUUACUAGAAUGCCCAGGUGGCGAUCUAGCAUGCGACUUGAAGAACGUCUCCGAGUUAACACCAACUGAUCUUGCCGAGCAAGCCGGACAUGCAAAACUGGCUCAUCAACUGCGGGGCUACAUGCAAAUGAACGAGUUCACCAACAUGUAUAGCUAUCUUAAAGUUAUAAGUCAGACGAACAACCGAUCGACAGGAAUAAAUUCAACCACGGAUGUUCCAUCAGCGAUUGCUAAUGAAAUCGGCAACGAAAAGGAAGAUUACUGUCGACCGAGACCUUUGAGCGAAGCUUACUUGGUACCACCGAUCGCGAGACCAGUAACGACUCUAAUCCCGACUUUACAAACAACGACGAUGGCUAGUACGUCCACGAAUAAUACCUUAGCAGCGAAUUAUUCGAUCGUACCAACGCCUACACCAAUAAUAUUACCAUCCACACCAACGACCGCUGUUGUAUCAAACGAACUGGAUCUGUCUUUCCAAGGUUACAUGAAAAUGCAUCCCGCUGGUUCAAAGAUACUUAGCACGAGCACGACGAAUCCAUCGCAAUCUCGGACGGGCACACCUACGCAAGGCGUUCGUCAAGACUGUCAUCAAAAUUCGCCGGGAUCACGGGAAGAAAAUUGCGGUCAAAAAAUAUGUCAGAAUUUUUCCUAUAACAGAACGUCAUCUAACAGCAGUACAAAAUCUAGAGAACCAUCGGGUCCUCAAGAUGAACUCUUGGAAAUUAUAAACGAUUUCAAAAAUAACGUCUUUACGAUAUCCGAAGUAGAGAGACUCGUUGAAAAUUGGCAGAAACGAAACGACGUGCAGCAAAGUUUCAAAGAUAAACAACGACAGCUUACGGCAAUGAGGGAAGAGUACGACAGGAUACAAAGAAGAUUGAAAGAAGAGAUGAAGACUCCGACGCCCUUCGACAAGAUACGAAAAUUCUUCUCCAAAGGGAAAAAAGAUACAAAGGAAUCUGUUAAUAUUGUCGCCGACUCAUCUUCGAGCAAAUCUGAAAGUAUUAACGGUGGAUUAGCUGAUCGCAGACCUGUUAGCAGUUUAAGUCUUCGUAGUGUUUCCAGCUCGUCCUCAUCUGGCAGAAUGAGCACUGUCAGUGGCUGCAGUGGGACCAGCUUGGGCGAUAGUGGAACUCAUUCAGAUUCCGAAGAUAGAAGACUGCAAAAUGUCAGAGAUGAGAAGACUGGCAUGACCUCCUACGAGAUACCACCUGCGCCUAAACCAUUCACAGGUAGAUAUUCACCAGCGUCUGGGUAUUCCCCAUCACCGACCGCCUCUAUCGCGCGUGAUCUCGACCUCCGACAAACGCAAUCACCGUCCAGGGCCGGCGACAACGAGUAUUACAUCGCGUUUCCACCGUCGGGUUUACCCGUUCAUGCGUUUAAAGCGGAUGGUUCUCCAAGGGAACCGGAUACACCGAGCUCGCCGUGCGAACACUCAAGGUAUCUCGACUUUAUUCAAAAUGUCUCGUUGGACAAAAAUCAAGAAGAACUCGCAUCGACAAAAUGCACCAGUAACAAUUAUACGAACAUCGAUCCGUCGACAUCGAAUUUCACGCCACCAGUUGCACCACCGGGAAUGUGCAUUCCAGAUUACACAAGUAGCGAAACCGAUUCCGUUCGCGUAGAUUGCGAAAAUGCGAUCAAAGAGCAUCACGGUGAUAAUAUCGCCAAUGCAUGUUCCGAUAUGACAAAGGUAAAACCGUCUGUCGUCGAUGAGGUUGAUUCUACGCUUACUAUUCGAGGUCAAGAGACAACCGGAAUGAAAUACGACGAGGGACACGCAUCGGCGAACGCGACGAACAUUUCGAAAAAUACGAAUGAGGCCAUCGAGACUAGAGUGCCGGAAUACAUGAACCUUGCUGUUAAUAUGGGUCAUGAGGCUGUCAAGGUCCUCGGUGCCAUAUCAAAGAAAUUGCCUGCACCACCCGUGCCGCCGAGAGGUACUACUAAGAAAUAGAAAACAGAAAUUGAAACAUGUGCAAAUAAUCAUUGACAAUAUUUAUACUAAUUAUACAUUGAUUCUUUCACACGUUAAAUCAUUGACUGAAUUAAUAGUAAUGAAUAAAUUUAUUAGCCAUUUGUAUUGUGCUCGUAAUUAUGUAUGUUAUAUAUCUAUGUAGAAAAAUAAUUGUUAAGUGCAAGACAGUAGUUAUUGCUACUAUCAUUGUUUAUAACUAUUUUUAUAGGUGCACAGUAAAAAUGUGCAAAAAUAUUUAAAGAUAUAUGCAAACUUUCUCGAUCGUAUCAAAUUAUUUGUACAAAAUAAAGGCAAAUUAAUAUGAUUAAUCUAAGUGCAAAUUAAGAUAUUAUCAUGAUUAAUCAUGAUUAAUCUAAGUGCAAAUUAAAAUCGAUUAUAUAUAUUUCCAUAAACUUUGAAUGCAGAACGCGACUCAAAGUGAACAAAUUGUACAGAAACGCAGAUUUUACUCCGCAUAAAAAGAAUAUAAUAAUUAGUAUAAUAGAAGUGAUUCAAAUAAUCAAGAAUAUAAACCAAACUUUUAUUUCCGGAUGCAAAGAAGUUUACAGUUUGCAUGUCAAUAACAGAAUGCUACGUCACAGAUAUUUAGAGAUUGCAGAUGCAUCUUUGCACUUUCCCUCCUCUCCCUUCUUCAUCCACUUUGAUUAUGCAGACAUCGAAUGUAACUUCCAAAAAUAUUGUACCAUUUUUAUAUAACAUUAGAACGCAAUAUAUUCAUAUUAAAUUAAUUA